GGGUCAGCGGGAGGUGGGGGCGAGGACCGCCAGUGAUAAGCUACUGACUGUCAGUCGGUGAUUGAUAACGGCCAAGGUAGCACAGAAGACAGGAGAAUGGGCGUGUUUCUAGCAGCUGUGGUCUUGUCUCUGACUCUGUCAGUGUCCUCAGCGGUGAAGAUCCGCAGGGACACGUAUCUCACGGCUUACAUGGAGACCCGGGCCCCAGGUCUGUCCGCUGGGGAGGUGUACGGCGCCCCCAGCAGUGACUACGGCGCCCCCAGCAGCGACUACGGUGCCCCCGCUGGAGGUUACAACUACACCCCUGCCACCGGCUACACCUACGAGCCACACUCCGCCCCCGAGAACCCUCUGGACCCGCUCCACGCCAAGUUGGUGCUGCUGUUCAAGGUGUUGCUCAAGGUCCUCAUCUUCAAGUUGAUCGUCAAGUUCAUCGCCAUCAUCUGCGUGUUCCUGUUCCUGCCCAAGCUGUCCGGCCUGGGGCUCGUCCGGGAGGCCAAGGAGGGUGCGAGGAACCUGCUACGUCAAGGCGACCAAGAACAAGACGAGCAACUACGCCUGGUGCAGUUCGUGGUGGACUCUGUGUCCGGGACGAAGGGUCCUGUCUGCCGUGACGAUAGCCUUCUGUGUCGGACCAGCCGCGCUCUCGAACUCGUAGACUCCUACACAUCCGUCCCACGAUUGUUUGGAAUGUACCGAAAAGAAGAAGAAAAGAAAUUGAGGCAUAAAUUUGCUUCAAAAAAGCACCAAAGUUGACGAAUACUAACGUGAUGAUAGUUGUUUUGUAAUUUAUUGUUUUGUAUUUAUUAAAAUAUAUUUAUUAUCGUUUUUA